CUGUAACUGGGGUGGGAUGUUGUGAUCUGCUCGGUACCUUUCCCCGGUGCAGAAACCCCGCCUCCCCCCCCCCCCCCACCUAUCUCACCCUGCGGCUGGAGUGCGGCAUCUCCAGGGAUCCGGUUAGAGACAAGAGCAGCGGAAUGGAGCGAGCGAGGAGAGAUUUGAGUGAGAUUCACUCCAGGCUAUUUGACCACAGGCCCAUCAUCCAGGCAGAGAUUCGCUAUUUCGUUAAGGAGUUUGAGGAGAAGCGUGGAUUUCGUGAGCAGAGAGGACUGGAAGGUGUGAACAAUCUGAUCAUGGAGCUCAAUGACCAGAUCCUUCCUAAGACCCAGGAGGCAAUGUGCAGCGAUAUUCCGAGCGUUCUUGCCAGGUUGCAAGCUGCAAACCACAUUAUGAACAGGAUCCAGCAAAGGGAGCAGGAAGCAGAUCAGAAUGACCAGCUGCAAGCCAGCAGAGAGAGGCGCAGGGCUGAAUGGGAGGCCUUUGUGGCUGAGCAGCGCCGGCACGGCGCAGAGGUGGAGGAGGAGCAUGCGAAAGCGGCCGAGUGGCUGAAAGAACAAUAUGCAGCAAUGGAGAAGGACUUGGCAAAGUUCAGGACUUUCUAAGUAGCUGUGCCACAACGCAAUUUUCAGCCUGUUACUCUUUCCUGGCCAAGGCUGUUUGAAUGUGAUGAUGACGGUCAACACCUCCUAAAGCUGUGGGGAGAUGGGGGGAGCAUGAAAAGAAAAACAUUCAAAAUAAUGUCUUCGAAUAGCUUACGAAUGGGUUUUAAUGACUGCAUUGCUGGUUCUGAUAUGUUUACAGUGACUAUUUCAACAGAAGAUAUUACAUAGAAUGUUCCAUCAAGAUACAUCAGACUUGUAAAUAUUUACAAAUAAUCUGAGUGAAAACUAUGAUAUUUCUAUAAAGGCCUUAUCACCAA